ACUGUUAGAUUAUCUCAAUAGCAAAUUCCAAUUCAAAUAUUGAACAUGUACAUACUGCCCUCUCUCCGCUCUCCUCCUGUGUGUGUAGUGUGUCGUGAAGCCCUGCCACAUGGGUGUGCGCUGCAUCAACACCUCUCCAGGGUUCCGCUGUGGCCCCUGUCCCACUGGCUACACCGGCCCCCGGGUGCAGGGAAUAGGCCUCUCUUACGCCACUAACAACAAACAGGUCUGUAAGGACAUCAAUGAGUGCGAAGGACCCAAGAAUGGAGGUUGUAUGGAAAAUUCCAACUGUGUGAACACACCUGGCUCGUUUAAGUGUGGCUCCUGUAAGGCAGGCUAUGUGGGGGAUCAGCGCAAGGGCUGUAAGCCUGAGAGAGCGUGUGGUAAUGGCCAGCUCAACCCCUGCCAUGCCAGCGGAGAGUGCAUUGUCCAACGAGAUGGGAAAAUAGAGUGUCAGUGUGGGGUGGGAUGGGCUGGCAAUGGCUACUUCUGCAGCUCUGACAUUGACAUUGAUGGCUUCCCUGAUGAGAAACUGGAAUGCACCGAGAGGAACUGUGCCAAGGAUAACUGUCUAACAGUACCCAACUCUGGCCAAGAGGAUGUAGACAAGGAUGGCAAAGGAGAUGCCUGUGAUGAGGAUGCAGAUGGCGAUGGAAUCCUAAAUACACAGGACAACUGUGUGCUGGUACCAAAUGUCAACCAAAGAAAUGUGGACGAAGACGACUUUGGAGACGCCUGUGACAACUGCCGUAUGAUCAAAAACAACGACCAGAAAGACACUGAUGUUGAUAGACUGGGUGACGAAUGUGACGAAGACAUUGAUGGCGACAGAAUCCCUAAUAAUCUGGACAACUGCAAAAGGGUUCCCAAUGCUAACCAGAAGGAUCGAGAUGGGGACAAAGUCGGAGAUGCUUGUGACAGUUGCCCCUAUGUUCAAAACCCUGACCAGUUGGAUAUGGACAACGAUUUGAUCGGAGACCCUUGUGACACCAAUAAGGACAGUGAUGGUGACGGUCACCAGGACUCUCAGGACAACUGCCCUGCAGUCAUCAACAGCUCCCAGCUGGACACGGACAAGGACGGCCUGGGGGACGAGUGUGACGAUGACGAUGAUGAUGAUGGUAUUCCUGACCUUCUGCCCCCGGGACCAGACAACUGCCGCCUCAUUCCCAACCCUCUGCAGGAGGACUCUGACGGUGAUGGUGUUGGGAAUGUGUGUGAGAACGACUUUGACAACGACACCAUCAUCGACAGCAUGGAUGUGUGCCCGGAGAACGCCGAGGUCACUCUCACAGACUUCAGGGCCUACCAGACAGUGGUGCUGGACCCAGAGGGAGACGCACAGAUAGACCCUAACUGGGUGGUGCUCGAUCAGGGAAGAGAGAUCGUCCAAACUAUGAACAGUGACCCUGGACUGGCUGUUGGUUACACAGCUUUCAACGGUGUUGACUUCGAAGGGACUUUCCAUGUGAAUACCGUCACGGACGACGACUAUGCAGGGUUCAUCUUUGGCUACCAGGACUCUUCCUCCUUCUACGUGGUGAUGUGGAAACAGGUUGAGCAAAUCUAUUGGCAGGCCAAUCCAUUCAGAGCUGUGGCAGAACCAGGGAUCCAACUGAAGGCUGUGAAGUCCAACACGGGACCAGGGGAGAAUCUACGCAACUCCCUGUGGCACACUGGCGACACCAGUGACCAGGUGAAGCUGCUGUGGAAAGACGUCCGCAACGUGGGCUGGAAGGACAAGACUUCCUACCGCUGGUUCUUGCAACACAGGCCCCAAGAUGGCUACAUCAGAGUGCGUUUCUUUGAGGGUCCUCAGAUAGUGGCAGACACAGGUAUCAUCAUAGACACCACCAUGAGAGGAGGCAGACUGGGUGUCUUCUGCUUCUCCCAGGAGAACAUAAUCUGGGCUAACCUACGCUAUCGCUGCAAUGAUACAACCCUCGAGGACCUUGACUCAUACCAAGUCCAACCCGUUCAGCUACGGUUCUAAUACAGCAUGCACACACCUCUGCCCAAACGAAGACUGGGAGGACAUUCCAUCUACACCCCCACAUUCUGGAACGCAUGGCUCCCAGCUGAACAGUGCAUAGUUGUGUCUGUAAUGGCACCCUAUCUCCUAUAUAGUGCACUACUUUUGAUUAAAGGCUAUAUAGGGCCCGAUUUGGACUUAAGAAAUUAUGCCUUUCUUACGCACGCCUUUCAUACACACUUCUCAGUAGUUAGUAUUCAGACUUACCUUAUGAAGGUACGUAAAGGGCUUUGCAGGCAUGCUUCCCUUGUCAUUCAAUAGGGUUUUCAGUGCAUUUAUCUUAAGCCAUCUCUUUAAAUAUGGUGUAACUUUUAGUUAGUAUUUUGUUGACAGACUCAAUAGAAUAUAUUGAAUAUUAGUGAUCAAUGAAAGAAAGCCAUCUAAAUAUAUGCAUAUCAUUCUCUGUUUCAGCACCAUUUGGUAGAUAAAAAAAAAACUCUGAUCUUGUAGAUUAUUUAGGGUUAGGAAAGUAUUUAUGAAAUCAUAAAAACAAGUUUGGAGAGCCUUUACGCGGAAAAGAAAACAGUGGUUUGAUUCAUUCAGAAAAUUGCCACAUUGUUAUUUAACCCAUGGUAAUGUUGGAAGAUUAGUGUACAUAGAAUUAUAAUAGGGAGAAUAGUGUACAAUAGUAGACAAUAUCCUCAUCUGUUGCCUGCACUAGCCAUGGUACUGUGUGAUGACAGCCGAUUAUUGCGCCAUGCGUAGGCUUCAAACUGUUAAUGCCUGGUCUGCACUCCGCUCCAUAACGAUUUAAUUGGCCUAACUGUUACUAAUGAUCCUCAGCAACAACCACAUGGCCAUGACAGCGUUUACAGAGGAAGCAAAUGCAGGUAAACAAAACGAUGUCAUUAAAUGGAAUGAUAAUGUAUGCUAUACCAACUGAAGGGAACUAACAGUAAACUGGCAGUUGAAUAUGUGUGUUAUUAAGCCUACUGACGGUCAAUACUGAUAGUGGCUAAUAUUUAACAUGAUAGAAAUAGGAAACAGAAAGUCGUGGUAGCCUAUAAUUAAGACAUCCGAGUGCCCAGCUAUGAGAGUUAAAAGGCUGUGCAAUUUAAAUUCUGCAUAAUAGCACGGCCUUUCAUAAACUUUACUUUGGGAAAGUUGAUAUGCUUCAGUUUGAAGCCAUAUAUGACUGGUUUCACAUUUGUCUCCAGCAAUUGGAAGGUAAAAUAUAUAAAAAACAAGUGUAAUUUAUAUUUAUAGUUUCCUUAUCCAGACAGAUUACACAUUUAACUAGCGCUUAUCAAGUUGUAAAUGACAGUGCAUGGAGAAUGGUGUUAUUUCUAUUGGAAAAAAUAAAGUAAUGCUUUUCCCACUUGAAA